AUGCACAGCAUAUCAGAGCUCGUUAGGAGGAGCCCCGACGCGACAUCCUCCUCUCCAAAGGCUACCAGAACUUGCAAUGCGGACAAUGCCAACCUGUGCGAAAAGCCGCACAGCUCCAACGCCCUGCCAAUUGCCCUCGGUGCCGCUAUCCCUCUUGUAUGCGCUCUUGUAGUACUCAUCUUCCUUCACCGCCGGAACAGGAAGAAGCAGCGUCUAGAUGACGAGAAGGAUCCUCACAAAUCUCUCGACUUCGGCAUGGACGACGUGCCGGCUGCUGGGACGGGCAAGAAAGGCAAAGGCGGAAUGCCGGAGAUGAGCGCUGCGGACACAGAGCAGACGUUGCGCCGAGGUCGAGGACUCUCCAUGGAUUUGGGAAACAGCCCUUACCUCCUACCGGCCGGACUGCACGGUUCUCGAGAAUCGGUCCGCUCAAUGUCGCGUUCCCACACCGACCCCAACGAUCCAUACCGCCCAGUGACCUUCGUCAAGGGCGGCGAUGCCUUUUCGCGCUCACAAUCACGGCAAGCUCAUGACAAUGGCUCGGUUUUCACGGCGUCCAGCGGCGGCACUGAGGGAAUGAACGCCAGUCUCGUCCGCAACGCCAAGAGAAUGUCCCAGGCAUUUCCGACUAGAGGAGACUCUAAGGCUACUUCUGAAGUAAAUCCUAUCCAAUAUCCUCAACCAGUCGCUAAGCCAUCUGCAAACACUGGGCUCGCCCCAGCCCCUUCGACCACCGAUCGCGAUUCCUACUAUGAUCGGAACGCCAAGGAACUGCGCAAGAACAACAACUAUCUUGGAGCCUUCAUCUACGGCCAAGAACCUUCAGUGGCUCCGACCUCCCCAGUAGACUCAGGAUACGCCUCAUCAGAACCUACUCUAUCCAGUGUGGAUGUGUCUUCCAAGGCAAUUCCUACUCAGCCCUCGCAACUCCACCCGCACCCACCAAGAUUACAAUCCCAGCAAGCGACCGUUCAUAAGCCCGAUACCACAAGCUUCAUCAGUGAAACCAGCGACUACGGCGAUGCACUAAAGAUCACACCGCCAUCACCGCCACAAAAAAAUUCCGCCCGGGCUCCACAUGUCAACAGGCGGUCGAUAGAUGCCCCAUCGCCGGUGCCUGAGGAAGCACCUGCAAGAGGUCUAGGCGUGCAAGGCCUCGAAUAUGAUCCCCACAGACUCUCCAUGAGCGUCCGGCCCCUCCCUGAAUUCGAUCCAACUGAGAACCCGGAAGAGCGUGCGAAUCGGAUCCGCUCUUUCUACAAGGAGUACUUCGAUGAGUCCAAAGCCGAGCCCCCUGUGCAGCACACCUAUGGCGACUACUACGAAGACUACGGCCAGGAAUAUCAGGGCGAUGGCACCGUGUUCGACCCACAGAGCGGCAACUUCGUUGCGGCUCAGCGCAUGCCAUACGCACAGCCAGUAACCCGCCGUGCCAUGACGCCGCCUCCUCGCGCCCCUCCUCGUUUCCGCGGCCCUCAAGGUCCCCCUCAAGGCCACUUAUCAACCGGCUCAAGCAGAUACGGGCCCCCGUCACGCGGCCAAUCUGCCAUGAGCAACUACUCGACAGCAAAGAAGCCGGUGCCCCCUCCCGCGCCGCUGGCCACACUUCCGACACCGCACAUGCUCAAGGAGGAUUCGAUGGUGUUUAGCCCGAUCGACUUCGCUCCUCCCGCCUCCUACCGCGACCGGCAAGCCGGUCGAAGACCUGACAGCCCGCUCGGCGGCCAGAGACAAUAUUCGCCUGUCGUUAGAGCGCAUACGCCGCUUGCGUCGUCGUUCGAUGAUCUGGCUCUCAUGCCUAGCCCACACAUGCUCCGCAACUCCAGCACCUUUACAGGUCUAGACUUCGCGCCCCAGCCGCGCUUCAAGAACGCAGACCCCGGCAGCGACGCAUCCAGCAUCCGCUCCGGCCGCAGCAACAUGAACCCCGUGCAGCUUAAUAGCCUGCGCGCGGGCGCCUACCGUGUUAGCCGUAUACCGAAGGAUGUUGUGGGCACCAAGAACGACCUCAUGAGCGAGUUGAAGCCGAAAUGGGAUAUGCGUGAUGGAGCGGCGGGAAUCAGGGCUUGA